CGUACAUACAAAGCUUUUAAGCAUACAACACACAACUUCAGCUUAUAAACGGUAUACUCACUGCAAGACUUCGCGCGUUUCUUUGGACGUUGCAUAGCACUCCAGCAAACCAACAGCGCGAGUCACGUCAACCAGCUUUAACUCUGUCGGCCAAGGUGCUUCGCACUCUACGCGGGUCAAGCUGAUUGAGCCUACUGGAAACCUAAAAUUGGACGACUAGGUUAAGGGACCCGGACCUCGUGAGGCGUCAGUUAACCAUGGCCUACGAUACCGCGGAUUCGGAUUACUUAACUCGCCUUACCGUGAGGCGUCUGGCUGAGCUGAACGCCACUCGUGCCAGGGUCGAAGCUCUGGAGGCACGAGCCACAUUGGCGGAAGAGUAUGAGCUGGAGCGCAGAAAGCUCGAGCUGCUGCAGCGACUUCAAGACAAGUAUGCGGCGCUGAACUCCGUAUUGGGUACGGAUGCGGGCCUAGCCAUCACAGAGCUGCGGGAGCACCUGCAGGCUGUGUACGACGCGGACCUCCUGUCCGACACCCAGCUGCGAGCGCUGACCAUGCUGCACGCGGUGACCUACACCACGCGCACGCUGGACCGCCUGAGCGAGCCAGGGAGAUACGCUGUUGAGGGAAACAGCGGCGUGUUGGAGCUGGGCGCUUCCACGCUGGCCAUGUUCUCCACGCGUGCGGGCGCGGCUGUCGCUUUCGCCGAGGCCUGUACGGCACCCGUGCUCAUUAAGCUGCUGUCACCGCUGUACGCGCCCGUGGUGGUAGUGAAUGUGGCCAAUACCAUUGGCAACCUGGCAGAGGAUCUGGACAUGCGGCUGGCGCUGCGCACCGGCGGCGGCAUUGGCGCGCUGGUGCGGCUGCUGCGUCCCGACUGCGAGGCCAGCGUGCAGGCGGCGGCUGCGGGCGCGCUGUCGCUGCUGGCGGCUCGGGACAUCGUGGUGCAGGACAGCGUGCGCUACCUGGGCGGUAUCGACUUGCUGGUGGACCUGAUGGUGACGGCGGACGCCUACACCGCUGAGGCGGCGCGCUACUGCCUGCUGAGCCUGCGCCGCGGCAACACCAAGAACCAGGCGGAGAUCAUUGCGGCUAUCCGCGCCAACAGCAACGUGGUGCGGAACGUCAGGCGUGUGGAUCCGGAGCUGCUUCGUUUCGAGGAGGGCACGCCGCGCGUCAAGUCCAGCUACACGCCACCAACCUCCUACGCCACACCCACCAAGGCGGGAACGUCGCGCCCCACAACAGCUGACAGCUACCGGCGUCCGGUAGAAACCAUUACCGACGCAAUGGUUCGCUCCGUCUCGCCGAGUCGCCACCGGUCUCCUCUGGCGGCUGCGCUGGUUCGCUCCACCACGGAUGCCCGUGGCUCACUGGACCGGGACUUUGCUGCAGCUGCGAGCCCCGUGCGCACCAGUCUGCGCGCAACCACAGUGGGGCCACGAUACACGCCGCCGCCGUCAUCGCCGCUGGAAAUCGCGCACCCCGACGUUACCCUGGGACCCAUGCCCGAGGUUGACAGCGACCUCCUGAAGCGCAAGCACCUGAUUCGCUACACUGCCGAGGAGCUGGUAGCCCUUCUGCAGGAGAUGGGCUUUGAUAAGCUGGACCUGCGCGCCUUCAAGGUCAACAACAUUGCAGGUGUCGACCUGUUGGACAUGACGGAGGAUGAGAUGAUCGUGCGGCUGCUGCUGCCCCGCCACAAGGUUCGCAAGCUGCGGGCCCUGCAGCGCGCCGUGGCGCUCUACGACCGCAUCGCCACGCUGCCUCGCCAGGGCCGGUUGAGCGAGGUGGAGCUGCGGCUGUUCCUGUCCAGCCAGGGCUGCGGCAGCAGCGAGGUGGACAAGAUCGUGCGGCUCUUCCGCAGCCUGGUGCGCACUGACAAGCUGGACUUCGUCACCUUUUGGGACUUUGUGACCGCGUACGACUGGAUUGCCCAGGCUUUCCGCAUCUACAACAUCCCCGUUUAAGCCCCGUGAGACGGCAUGCGCGAGUCAGCGCCUGACGGGAUGGCGUUGCGUUGUCGUACUGGCUGGGAUAGGGCACGCAGACCCACGGGUCACAAGGACUGCGUUAGCCAGCUUGAUAAGUCCUUAUUACUGGGCGGCUGUCAGCACACAAGAUGAUGAGAGUCACCAGCUUUUUUCUGCGUCAAUAAUUGUAACCACGGCAACGUGUUGUAGUCCUCCUGGGUUUGUAUAACGAGAAACCGAAACUUGGAGUUUCGGUCCACCUUUUGCAUCGGAAUGGGCCUUUAGUGCAUCUUCAUGUUUCAUUUCAGCGUGUCUUUAUGCGUGCCGAGUAAAAUGGAUUUCUGAGUAUUGUUAUGCCAAAGUGCCACAACAGGGCCUCCUUCUGUUUGGCACCGUGACUAACUCGAAACGUGACUAUCUUGUACUAACGCAUCUGGCUGUCGUGCGCGGUAGCGGUGUGAUUGGCUGCCAGUUCUGGGGUAAAGGCUACGGGCUUAAUGUACAUAAGUGAUGUGACUGCUUGGCUUUGUGUAUGAUUGCGGCGCUGUGCGUAACGAUCCUUUACACGACAAUGAUAUUACCUGGACUUCUCUCCUCCUGGCGUGCUGGUGUUAACAGCGCUCCUACUAGUACUGCAAGGCUGUGGUAUGGCACGAAGGCGUGUCCCGGGGAGGUUUCCUCGUGAUCUGGGGUUUUACGUGUGCGAUGCGCAGCUCAAACGUGAGCAAGACGGGGUUUGUGCGAAAGUGCUAAGCGGGUGUAUUAU